AUGUCCCCCUCCGUUACGACAACGAACGGCGUCAACGCGAAUGGCGUCGUAAAACCUAAAAAGACUACGAUCUCGACGCCUUUACCAAAUCCUUCGCUACAAGUGACAGCCGAUCACAACUUGAAGCAGGUGGAAGCGCCCGUGUAUGCUCCAGGCAUUGGAGAGGUCCUCCUACACAUCAAGGCUACCGGUGUCUGCGGAUCGGAUAUUCACUUCUGGAGACAUGGUAGGAUAGGAUCGUUGGUCGUUGAGGGCGAUUGCAUAUUGGGACACGAGGCUGCAGGAAUUGUCCUACAGUGUGGAGAGGGCGUCACCAAUCUACAACCAGGCGAUCGCGUAGCUGUCGAGCCCGGUGUUCCUUGCGGCGUAUGCUUCCUCUGCAUGGACGGUCGCUACAAUCUCUGCGAAGACGUUCAAUUCGCUGGUGUAUACCCCUACGACGGAACCAUUCAACGCUACAAGUGUCAUCCUGCGAAAUGGUGUCACAAGAUUCCCGACCACAUUUCCUUUUCGGAGGGCGCGCUCCUCGAACCUCUUUCCGUUGUCAUGCACGGAAUUAAUACUGCAGGACUGUCUCUGGGCCGCGGGGCUGUUGUGUGUGGUGCAGGUCCGAUUGGACUUAUCGCCCUAGCAGCUGCGCGAGCGAGUGGUGCGCAUCCGAUCGUUAUCACAGACCUGGAACCCAGUAGAUUGGAGUUUGCGAAGAAGUUCGUGCCUUCAGCUAUCACGUAUCAGAUCCGAAAGAACUUGAGUGCCGAGGAAAACUCGAAAGAGAUCAGAAGGCUGUUCAACUUCGAGCACGUAGGCGAGUACGGCGCUCCGGAAGUUGUAUUGGAAUGUACCGGUGUGGAGAAUAGCGUCAUCACAGCAUGCUACACAGCAAGAAGAGGUGGUACUGUAAUGGUCAUUGGCGUGGGUCGCGAGAUAAUGAACAACCUUCCAUUCAUGCACCUGUCGCUCGCCGAGAUUGAUCUCAAAUUCAUCAACCGCUACCGCGAUACCUGGCCAGCGGGCCUGCAGUGUCUCGGUGGCGGUAUCCUAGACCUCAAGCCCCUCGUCUCGCACACAUACCCCUUGGAGCAGGCGCUGGAUGCACUGCAUACAUGUGGAGACUUGAGCAAUGGCAGCAUCAAAGUACAAAUUAUUGACGAUAAAGAGAACGUGUUUUGA